CCUCUGACCAAGAUGGCGUCUCUCGGAAAGCAGUGUUAGCAGAGGGUCUUUGUUGUGUCAGAAAGAGGUAAAAUGUGUAAAGUCCAGAUGCUGAGAGCGUUGGUGGAGCAGCGACUAACUGCGGCUGCUGAAGAGAUAUUUGGGCUGUUUGAAAGAACGAUAGCAGAGUACGAGGAGGAACUUUGUCGUUCAAAAGAGGAGAACGAGCGACAACGGGAACUACUGGACGCUGUUUUCAACCCUCAGCUCCGGGUCCACAGAGCAGAUGUGCAGCAGCUGUUGGUGGUAAAAGAAGAGGUUCCGGCUGAGCAGCAGGAGGGCAGCUCCAGUGUGGACCAGCAGGAGCCAGAGUCCCCCCCACACAUUAAAAAGGAACAGGAGAAAUGGUGGAGCAGUCAGCAGGGAGAGCACCUUCAAGGGCUGGAGGAGGCUGAUAUCACCAAGUUCAUAUUCACUCCUGUCCUUGUGAAGAGUGAAGAUGAUGAAGAGAAAGAUAUGCAGCAGCUGUUGGUGGUUAAAGCAGAGGUUCCCCCUGAGCAGCAGGAGUGUAGCUCCAGUGUGGACCAGGAGGAGCCAAAGCCCCCCCCACACAUUAAAGAGGAACAGGAGAAAUGGUGGAGCAGUCAGGAGGGAGAGCAGCUUCAAGGGCGGGAGGAGGCUGAUAUCACCAAGUUCCCAUUCACUCCUGUCCCUGUGAAGUGUGAAGAUGAUAAAGAGGAAGUUCAGUCCUCACAGCUUCAUCAGAGACAAACUCAACACAUGGAAACAGAACCUGAAGGAGAGGACAGUGGAGGACCAGAACCAGCCAGGAACUCACAACCAUAUUUACAACCAGAGACUGAAGACCAGACUGGAGACUCUUCUGAACUUGACACUGAUGACAGUGCAGAUUGGAAGGAGACCAGAGAACCUCAGUCAGCUUUAAACUCUCUGAAACAUGAUUUAACAAGCAAAAAAAUAUUCAGCUGCUCAGAGUGUGAGCAAGGAUUUGUCCGAAAGUCAAAUCUAAAAACACACAUGAGAACUCACACAGGAGAAAGACCUUUCACCUGCUCAGUCUGUAAAAAACAUAAAUGUGUUGGUCAUACAAACACAGAAGCUGAUGGAAAGAACUGUGAAAGACCAGAACCAGCCAGGAACUCUCAUUCACUUUUACAAACGGGGACUGAAGACCAGACUGGAGAUUCUUCUGAACCUGAGACGGAUGACAGUGCUGAUUGGAAGGAGACCAGAGAACCUCGGUCAGCUUCAAACUCUCUGAAACAUGAUUCAAGAUAUAUUAAGCAGCUGUUGGUGCAGCAGGAGUGUAGCUCCAGUGUGGACCAGGAGCAGCCAGAGGCCCCCCCACACAUUAAAGAGGAACAGACGGAACUGUGGAGCAGUCAGGAGGGAGAGCAGCUUCAAGGGCUGGAGGAGGCUGAUAUCACCAAGUUCCCAUUCACUCCUGUCCCUGUGAAGAGUGAAGAUGAAAAAGAGGAAGCUCAGUCCUCACAGCUUCAUCAGAGACACACUCAACACAUGGAAACAGAAGCUGAUGGAGAGGACUGUGGAGGACCAGAACCAGAACCAGCCAGGAACUCAAAUCCACCUUUACAACCAGAGACUAAAGACCAGACUGCAGACUCUUCUGAACCUGAACCUGAGAAUGAUGACAAUGCUGAUUGGAAGGAGACCAGAGAACCUCAGUCAGCUUUAAACUCUCUGAAACAUGAUUCAAGAUAUGUUGAGCAGCUUAUGGUGGUUAAAGAAGAGGUUCCCCCUAAGCAGCAGGAGUGUAGCUCCAGUGUGGACCAACAGGAGCCAGAGUCCCCCCCACACAUUAAAGAGGAGCAAGAGGAACUGUGGAGCAGUCAGGAGGGAGAGCAGCUUCAAGGGCUGGAGGAGGCUGAUAUCACAAAGUUCCCAUUCACUCCUGUCCCUGUGAAGAGUGAAGAUGAUGAAGAGGAAGAUGGUAAUCAGCUGUCGGUGGUUAAAGAAGAGGUUCCCCCUGAGCAGCAGGAGUGUAGCUCCAGUGUGGACCAGGAGGAGCCAGAUGCCCCCCCACACAUUAAAGAGGAACAGGAGGAACUGUGGAGCAGUCAGGAGGGAGAGCAGCUUCAAGGGCUGAAGGAGGCUGAUAUAACCAAGUUCCCAUUCACUCCUGUCCCUGUGAAGAGUGAAGAUGAUGAAGAGGAAGCUCAGUCCUCACAGCUUCAUCAGAGACAAACUCAACACAUG